CCUUUAUCUCCCGAGGAUCUGGCAGCGCCCGGAGUCUGAGAGCUGCAGCUGUGGGUGAAGUCAAAGAGCCGGUUCUAGCUUCUUUACGGCAAGGCUUCAACUUAAAGUUCUCAAGAUGAGGAAGACAGCGGGUAGUGUCCAGGUGAUGAAGGAAGGCGUGCUGGAGAAAAGGGGCGAUAACCUGCUCCAGCUCUGGAAGAAGAAGUACUGCGUGCUGACCCAAGACUGCCUCCAGCUCUACCCGGACUCCCAGAAGCGGUCCCGGAGCAAGGACCUGAGUCUGCAGGAGAUCCGGACGGUGGACUGCGUGGAAAGGACGGGCAAAUACAUCUACUUCACCGUGGUCACCACCGACAACAAAGAGAUGGACUUCAGGUGCCUGGCGGAAGGCAGCUGGAACGCGGCCAUCACCAUGGCUCUCAUUGAGUUCAAGAACAAGAAAGCCAUCCAGAGCUUCCGAUCGCGACAGGACGCAGAGAUGCUCACUGUGGGCCAGCAAGAGAAGCUGUUGGGAAGGGCUCCCUAGGCAUACUCCACAGGUUGGUCAUGUUGAUCAUGGAAGAAACAUCAGUAAGUGAACAGUGGAUGAACACACCCAGGAGAUUGAGAGCCAUUUGAAGUGACUUCAGUUUCGUCCUCUGCUGCUCCUGUCAGAAGGACCCAAGCUGCUGUAAUCAGCCCCAGACAUUUAGGACCUGACACCUGGCUGAAGUGAGCCUGUGGGGUUGACUGGAAAUCUGCUUUAUUUAUUUACCUGUUGCAGAAUCCAAGAACAUUUACCUUGCGUCGUCAACUUAUAAAUUAUUUUGUAAUCUAAAUUUUGCAUAUUUAUUAAAGUUUUUAAUAUAAAAAUGAA